AUGAAUUCAUUGGAAGAUCCGCGGCUUCUGGAUCCUCAUCAUGCUGAGUCUGUGCUGACAAGGAUCAAAGAGUUGCAGCAGCGUGAGAACAAAGAGCUGCGAAAACAGGAAGCCUGGUGCCAAUUGCCCCUUGCACAGCUCAGUCAUACGCUGGCCGUCUCUUACUUUGGCGAGACGUCUGUCCAAGCCAUGGAUUGGCAGUUUCGGUUGGCGGGUCUUUGCCUCCAAACCGGGCAAGCCUUGGAGGCACGCGAUCUGGGUGAGCGGCUGUGUAAGUCCAUGGAGCAGGCAUACGGCCCAGACCAAGCAGAGGUUGCCUUGACUCUGAACAAUUUGGCGACUGCCUGCGGAGCUCUUGGAGAUCGUCGAGAACAAAAGCGGCUCCUGGAGAAGGAGCACGCCGAAGUUGCCAAGACUCUGAACAAUUUGGCCAUUGCUUGCGGAGCUCUUGGAGAUCAUCGAGAAAGAAAGCGGCUUCUGGAGAAAGCCUUGGUGAUCAAAGAGGGGGAGUUUGGCAGGGAGCACGCAGAAGUUGCCAAGACUCUGUACAAUUUGGCCACUGCUUGCGGAGAUCUUGGAGAUCAUCGAGACAAAAAGCGGUUCCUCGAGAAAGUCUUGGUGAUCGAAGAGCGGGAAUUUGGCACGGAGCACGCAGAGGUUGCCAGGACACUGAACAAUUUGGCCGCUGCCUGCGGAGCUCUUGGAGAUCAUCGAGAACAGAAGCGACUUCUUGAGAGGGCUUUGCGAAUCUUUGUAGCAACCGUCGGGCCAGAGCAUCCGCAUACCGAAAUCGUGAUGGCAAAUCUAGUUGCAUCUCACAGAGAGCUCGGAACGCCGGAGGAUGAAAUUUGGACAGCUCUAGGCAUGGCAACUGUAUGA